AUGGAGGCGACCAGGGACGGCAAGAUCCAGGAUGGCCGGAUAGCGCUGUCCACAGCCCUUUGGGACACCAGCUUAGAAAUGCCAGGUCGUCAGGAUGCUACUGAGGUCGAUGCACGGGAUGCCAACACCCCGGACAAGUGGAUCAAACGUCAUCCCGACAUGCUACGCAACACUGGGAUGCAUCCUUUCAACUCGGAGCCACCUCUCAAGAACUUGCAGGCAGCUGGCUGGAUUACACCCCCGGCUUUGUAUGUGGUCCGAAACCAUGGAGCAGUGCCACAGCUUUCCUGGUCCGAGCAUCGACUGAAGAUUACAGGAGUCCCAAAGCCAGUGGACCUGAGCAUGGAGCAGAUUGCAUCUGGUGAAUGGGGCACCAUUGUGUCGAUCCCAGUGACCUUUAUCUGUGCUGGGAACCGGCGCAAGGAGCAGAACCUCACCAAGAAGACAGUCGGAUUCGAUUGGGGAGCCGGAGCCGUCGGGAACUCCGUGUGGACAGGAGUCCGCCUGUGCGACUUGCUGGCAGCGGUUGGAAUCACGCGGCCUUCGAAAGAGCAUCGCUUCGUCCAUUUCGAAGGUCCUCUGGGUGAGUUGCCUCAGGGAAAGACGGGAUCAUACGGCACUUCCAUCGAUUUGGGCUGGGCGCUGGACAGGGAGCGAGAUGUGCUACUGGCCUUCAAACAAAACGGAGAGCUGCUUACCCCGGACCAUGGAUUUCCCCUGCGCACGCUCUUGCCUGGUUGCAUCGGUGGCCGGAUGAUCAAAUGGCUCUCCAGUAUGUGGGUCUCAGACAAGCCUUCAGAGAACCACUACCACUACUUCGACAACCGUGUGCUUCCACCCCAUGUUGAUGCCGAUCUUGCUUAUGCAGAGGGGUGGUGGUACAAGCCAGAGUAUAUCAUCAACCACAUGAACAUCAACUCGGCGAUGUUCGAGCCGCGUCACAACUCGUUUGUGGAAGAGAAGAACUUGCCCAAGACCAUCAAGGUUUCCGGAUACGCUUACACCGGUGGAGGUCACAAGAUCAUCCGAGCAGAGAUCUCCUUGGAUUCGGGUAAGUCUUGGGAGAUCACUGAGCUCCAAAGGCCAGAAGAUGAGAUCGCAGAAGCACGUGGCACUGACAAGCACUGGUGUUGGGCUUGGUGGGAGACGGAGGUUGACAUGAGCCGUCUCUUGGAUAGCGCGUGCGAAGAGAUUUGCUGUCGCGCUUGGGAUUCCAAUCAGAAUUGUCAGCCUGUGCAACUCACUUGGACGGUGAUGGGCAUGCUGAACAACCCCAUUUACCGCAUCAAGAUCCACCGCGAAGGCAGCCGGAUGUGGUUCGAGCAUCCAACUCAGGGCUCUAUGCCAGGCGGCUGGAUGACUGAUCAAGCGGGGCAAUUCAAUGAAAGCUUUGCAGUGGAGGCAACACCGGGGAAGACUGGCGUGGCUCCCUUGCGGCCAGUGGCUGCAGUGUGGAAGGGCGCCAAGAUAGACUCCGUAAGUGCUGCGGGUGCCAGUUCUACCAGCCAAGCUGCGGCCACUAGGCCCACCAAGGCAGGCAAGUUGGUGCAGUCCACGGAGGAGUGGCUUGCGGGAAUCAGCAUGGAGGAAGUCAAGAAGCAUGACAACGAGAGCAGCUGCUGGUUCGUCGUGAAGGGUAACGUCUAUGAUGGCACUCCCUAUCUGCAAGACCAUCCCGGGGGAGCUUCCUCCAUCCUUCUUGCCGGUGGUCUCGAGGCCACCGAGGACUUUGAAGCAGUGCAUUCCACGCGCGCUUGGGAGAUGCUGAAGGACUACUACAUGGGCCCAUUGAAGGCAGCUUCGACAGAAGCUCAAGCUGCCCUAAUUCUACCGAGCUUUGGGAGAGUGAUGCUCAGCUUGCUUGCAACGCCGCUGUGGGGGCUGAGAGCUCUCUUCACUCCUUUCGGUGGUCUCCGAGCUCUCCUCAAGCCUUUCAGGUCACCUGCGCCUUUCUUGAAUCCACGAGAGAGCCAACAGCUUGAGCUCUCAGAGAAGAUCGUUGUGAGCCACGACACCCGGAUCUUCCGCUUCAAGCUGCCUUCUCCGUCAAUGACGCUGGGGCUUCCCACCGGCAUGCACAUGACACUGAAGGCCAAGGUGAAUGGCAAGCCAGUGAUGCGAGCGUACACACCCAUGACAGAUGACAGCACCAAAGGACAUGUCGACCUGCUUGUGAAAGUCUACUUCAAGGGUGUGCACCCUAGCUUUCCGGACGGUGGCAAGAUGUCUCAGCACUUGGACAGCAUGAAGAUUGGGGACUCUAUCGAUGUCAAGGGACCCAUCGGCGAGUUUGUCUACAAAGGCAAGGGUCAAUGCCUUGUGAAUGGAAAGCCGCGCUUUGUCUCUGAGAUGUCAAUGAUCGCUGGCGGCACCGGCAUCACGCCAUGUUACCAGGUGCUGGCAGCAAUCCUCCGAGAUCCGGAAGACAAGACCACGGUGCGACUUUUGUUCGCCAACCGGACGCCCGAUGAUAUUCUUGCACGAGAUGUGCUUGAGGAGUUGGCAGCCAAGCACCCUGACCGCUUCAUGCUGAGCUUCACCGUCGACAAAGUCCCCUCCCAAGACGAGAAUGUGAGCCCCUCUGAUGAGAAGAACUCCAAGUCAGCGUGGAAAGGUCAUGUGGGCUUUGUGACUCCAGCCAUGACCAAAGCCUCCUUGUUUCCUGCCAGUGAAGACACUGUAUGCCUGAUGUGUGGACCUCCGGUGAUGUUAGAGAAAGCUUGCGUUCCAGCUCUGCAAAGCAUGGGCUACAAGGAUUCCAACAUCUUCUCAUUCUGA